CCGGGGCCGGGCCGGGCAUGGCGGAGGGUGCGGGGUUGCGGGCCGUGCGGGGCUGCCUGGCCGCUUUCCCGCGGGAGGCCCGCGAGCUGGGGUGGCCGGAGUCUGUACCCUAUCUUGAUAGGCCUCCAUCCCCGCUGGAGUUUUAUCGAGAGUGGGUGAGUCCAAAUAAACCUUGUAUAAUUCGCAAUGCCAUCAGCCACUGGCCAGCUCUGAAGAAAUGGACCUCAGCGUACCUCAGGGAGGUAGUAGGUCCCAAGGUAGUGAGUGUGGCAGUAACACCCAACGGUUAUGCAGAUGCAGUGUUUCAGGACCGUUUUGUCAUGCCAGAGGAGCGCCAAAUGCCUUUCAUGGACUUUUUGGACAUUGUGGAGAAGAAAGUGACCUCUUCCAGCGUAUUCUAUGUGCAGAAGCAGUGUUCAAACCUCACCAAGGAGUUCCCUGAACUUGUCAAUGAUGUGCAACCUGACAUACCAUGGAUGACUGAGGCACUUGGGAAGAAGCCUGAUGCUGUGAAUUUCUGGCUUGGGGAAUCAGCAGCUGUGACAUCUUUACAUAAAGAUCAUUAUGAGAACUUGUACUGUGUGGUAUCUGGAGAGAAAUAUUUUCUACUGCAUCCACCAAGUGACCGUCCCUUCAUCCCGUAUGAGCUCUAUCAGCCAGCAACCUACCAGGUAUCAGAAGACGGCUCGUUUGAAAUUGUGGAUGAGAAGACUACAGAUAAGGUGCCCUGGAUCCCUCUGGACCCCUUGAACCCCAAUCUGGAACUGUAUCCAGAGUAUGCUCAGGCACAACCUUUGCAGUGUACGGUGAAAGCUGGUGAGAUGUUAUAUCUGCCUUCUCUCUGGUUCCAUCAUGUUCAGCAAUCACAUGGCUGUAUAGCAGUGAAUUAUUGGUAUGACAUGGAAUAUGACCUUAAGUACAGCUAUUAUCAACUACUAGAUGGUCUCACAAAAGCUGUGAAAAUGCUGUAGCAGAGAUGGGAGACUCGAGCAUGUGAUCUCUCUUUCUGAUGCGAUACAAUCGUCAGCAUCUUGUGACUGGAGUAUGAACGUGACUCACACAAAAACAACUGAAUUAUCGUCAACAGUGCCUGCCAAACAGAUCAUGGCUACUUUGCUUGAUUUCAGAGUCCAGAUCAACUGGCCAGAUUUUUUGGCUUGUAAGGAGAAGGUUUGAUAAUAGCACUUUUAGGCCUUUGCGUGUUGCCUCCGUGAUGGUGAGCAAGAUAGAAUUUGAAGGGAGGCAAUCCAGGUUUUGAAAAUCCCAAAGCAGAAGCCCUGACUGUUCAGAUCUACACGUUGUUUUCAUAACAACCCAAGUGGACAAGGAAGGAUCUGCUCUGCCCCUCACCUGUGCAUCAGGCUGCAUCUGUCCAACACAUGCAUUCUGCUUAAGGCAAAAGUCUUGCACAAUUGUAAUUCACUAAGUUCAGUGGCUCUGGUGUUUUAAUGGUGGGAAACUACAACUUCUGGAAUAAAUAGGUCGGUUUAAAAGUUUA